ACAUCUUGACACAAAGCAAGGGCAAGCAGGCAAGAAAGGGUUGGAGAAGAGCAGUCCACAACUUGGAAGUGUAGAGACCAUCAUUUGGAUCAGCUCACAUUCAAAAUACCUGCAAAGGUUUAAACAAGAAAAGGACUUUCGGGGGCAAAACAAAACCGCUGCAAAAAACAAAAAACUUGCAUAGAAAGGAAGGACAACUAAAGUCAAAGGGUUGAGAGGAGAAUCUGAGAGGUGAGAAAAGAAUUGACAAUGUCUUCAUUUGAGGCCCAGGGCCUGUCUCCUCCUCGGUGUGGCCCACAGUUCCCCAGCCUCGGCCAGGAGCCCCCUGAACUCAGCAUGUACAGCGAAUGUUACUACCCUCCCCCUUCACUGCCGAGUCCUCAGCGCACCGCUCCAACGUCCUACGACCUGAGCGACUACACCACCUCAUCCCCAAACCCUUACCUCUGGUUCAACGGCUCCGGCAUCAACACAUCGCCGUACCUGUCUACUUCCGGCCCACCUGGUAACCCCGGUCCUCCCUUUGUUCCUCAGCACUACGGCAUGCAGAGGCCUUACCUGGGUCCUGCUGGAGCUGGGGGUCCAGGAGGGGAGUUGAGCUGGUUCUCUCUGCCUUCACAGGAAGACCUGAUGAAGCUCGUCAGGCCACCUUACUCCUACUCCGCUCUCAUCGCCAUGGCUAUCCACGGAGCACCAGACAGGAGACUGACAUUGAGUCAGAUUUACCAGUACGUGGCUGACAACUUUCCUUUCUACAACAAGAGUAAAGCAGGCUGGCAGAAUUCCAUCAGACACAACCUGUCACUCAAUGACUGCUUCAAAAAAGUCCCAAGAGAUGAGGAUGAUCCAGGCAAGGGCAACUACUGGACACUUGACCCAAACUGUGAGAAGAUGUUUGACAAUGGAAACUUCCGACGCAAAAGGAAGAGAAAGUCUGAUUUCCUGGCCGGUGGUGAUGGCGGCUCAGGGGCUCCAGAGUCAGGUGACAGUGAGAGGGGCAGCCCCAAACACUCAAGUGCCCUUAACAUCUCUCCCACGGCGGACAGGAUCCCCUCCCCUUCAUCAUCCGGUCCAACACCUUGUCUUAGCAGCUUCUUAUCCGAGAUGUCUGGAGUGUCUGCAGCUAAUGAGGUGGGAGCUGACGGGUUAAGCAGGCCACUGCACCUUUCUUUAGAUGGGCCUCAUAGACCCACGCAACCUGGAAGCUUUGGUAGCUACUCCCCCAACUCAGGUGGCCCAGAGUGGGUGCCACAAGUGGCAGCUGCCCCGGUUCUCUCCUCUUCACCCACCCACUCUUCCCUAGGUUACACUAGCCCCAUUCUCAGCCAGUACAAUGGGUCCAGUGGGCAUUUCUACCCUACACUGAGCUCGACAGGAAUCAUCUAUCAUCGUGAGGGCACAGAGGUUUAAUAGGAUGUUAAGGGGGGAAAGUUUGGUUUAGAAAGACUCUUGACAGGACAUUUUACUUGUCUGGUCCCUUAUGUUUGAGUAAGGUUUGGUUGUGAAAGACAAUACGCACACAAACACACACAGUUUGCGCUGACUUAGACUGUUAAGAUCACUACAGCGUGCGAAAGCAGAGUAAAAAGGCUUUGAUUCCCACAGUAAGUGCUGAGUCAGCAGCAAUGCACUACGAGUGUCACUCGCUGAAACUACAGUCAGCCUUGCUAUCAGAUCCUCAGUCAGCUUUUUAUUCAAACUAAAGCUAGUCUCUAUCAGAUCUGACUCAUUAUUAACAGAUCCUGGAUCUGAUCUGCUGACAUCAGGUCAUUCCACACUGCUAUCUGUGAUUCUUUGAUGGUAUCACCCACACAACGCUCACACAGCACAUUUAGAGGAGUAGUUAAAUUACACCAGUCGACAUAGUGUGUGUAGGUAAAAGGUAGACUUUCUGUCAUGUUUUUUUUUGUUUUUGUAGAACUAAAGCUAAACAAUCUGAACUUACAGUCUUGGAUAGUAGUAGGCCUAAUUGUACUUAAUAUAAAAUGUAAAUAUGUCAAUGUGUUGUGUAAUGUUAUACAUUUAUAUUGUCAGUUUGUUGGUGCAACUGUUUGUACAAAAUUGAUUCAUAAUGUAUGGUACAUGCUAUAUAUGCUGUGUUUUUGAUAUGAAUAAAAAGUUUC